AUUCGACGAACCACAAUCAAUUCAACUCGCAACGAACAGGUCCCUCGUUACCAAUUACCAAUUAUGCCAAUUACCAAGUUGCACCUUGGACCCCCAUCAUCGAGCAUAGCAUAGCGUCACAACCCCGGAGCGCACACGAUGUUCAGCUCGUCCUUCCGUUCCCUCCUCAGGCCUACCGCCUCGGCCAUCAAGACCUCGACCACCGCUGGAUUCAACGCCAGGUCGACCGUCAGGGCUUUCAACGUCUCGGCCAUCAAGAGCGCCGGACAUGGACCUCCUACGCUUCAGGGAGAGGGUUCCCCCGCCGGUCAAGUGCCUACCGACGAAAACCAAUCCACCGGUCUCGAGCGAUUCGAACUCCUCGGCAAGCUCGACGGCGUAGACGUCUUUGACAUGAAACCCUUGAAGGUCGAGAGGCUGGGUACGAUGAAGGAGCCGAUCUCGGUCUACAGUUUGUUCCCCGAGAGGAAGAUCGGUUGUACCGGUUUCCCCACCGACUCUCACGACACCAUCUGGUUGAGCUUGGACAACCAGUUGGAGAAGCACAGGUGCCCCGAGUGUGGAUGUGUUUACAAGAUGGACUUCCAGGGAGACCCCAACGCCGCUCACCACCACUAGAUUCGAGUCGUCUCUUUGACUUGUGCAGGCGCAAAAAGUUAGGACGGGAGAGAAUUGGCGAGUGGGGAGUCGUUGUAGUAGAUGCAUAGUGAAUAGCGGAGGAGGGAAGAGGAAAACACAAAGAAUUCGAUAAGGGACCUUUGAUUCGUCUCUGUUGCAGUGCCGAGCGGUUCGAUCUUGCGCAAUGGGAAAAGGAUCUCUGGAGAUUUGCGUAGAUGGCAUGGGAUGCAUGGGAGCAUGGGAAUGUUUGUGGUCUUGCGCGAAUUGCGCGGUUGUUGUAUUUUGUUGUUUGUUUACUUUUUCGCGCGAACUUGCUUGAUCUCCUUGAAGCAGCUACCGUAAGUCGUUGAUUCUAUGUAUACG